AAAUCAAGAGGAGAACGAGUGCAUCUCGCAGGAUGGAUUUGUGCGGGGUCUACUUGUCUCAGCUGCGAGCGAUGCUCGUGAGGAAUCUUCUGCUGAAGAAGCGCGACAAGCGAAAGACUACAGCGGAGAUUUUUCUACCCCUUUGUAUCCUAGGUGUUUUGAUUGUGGUAAAAGUGUUACCACCAAAUCCAAAUUAUCCUGCGAUGACAACCCAGAGACAAGAAGGAGGCAUAUUCGAAACAUUCAAUGGUUACAAAAACAACACCAUAGCUGUUGUACCAAACUCAACAGAGACCUUGAAUUUUUUGAAUUCAAUGAAUACCCUUUGGCUAUCAAUGUGGGAUUACCCUGGCAAGCUUCCCUUGAAUUUCAUGGUGUUUGAUACAAAGGAUGAUCUACAAGCAGCAUAUUGGAGAGAUCCCUACAGUGUACACUUAGCAGUAAUCUUUGAAGAUUCUCAGCCUAUAUCUCAGCAUCUUCUGUAUGAGAUAAGAACCAAUCCUUCAUACACAAAUCCGCCUUCGCCGACUGAAUUGUAUUCCGCUCCAGUUACUUGUCGGAAAGACACAAGCCAUUGGAUGGGUGGAGUAUUGUCGAUAGAAACCGGUGGAUCGUGUCCUGCAAAUAGUUAUUUGCAUUCUGGUUUCCUGGCGUUGCAAAUGAUAAUGGAUACCACGAAAAUAAGACUAGAUACAGGGAAUAACGAUGUAACCGUGCCAGAUAUUAAACUUGAAAUGUUUCCUAAGGAAGCUUUCACUGCAGACUGGAUGCUGGCCUUUAGAGUUGUUAUACCUCUAUUUAUGGUUCUGGCUCUUUCACAAUUCGUCACUUACCUUCUGAUCCUGAUAGUCGGUGAAAAGGAGAAAAAAAUCAAGGAAGGAAUGAAGAUAAUGGGCCUGAAAGAUUCUAUCUUCUGGGUAUCAUGGUUCAUUAUCUACAGCGUCUUUGUCUUAUUACUCUCUGCUGUUGGGGUGAUACUACUUUUUACUCUACAAAUGUUCCAACAUACACACUUUUUACCAAUAUUCCUUUUGGUAGUACUCUACAGCUUCUCCAUAAUCAUGUUUGCGUUUAUGAUAACACCUUUCUUCGAUAAAUCACGAACUGCUGGUGUACUCGGUAACUUUGCAGUUACGAUAUUCAGCUUGAUGUAUUUUAUCCAGGUUUUUGUCAAAGAUUCUAGUUCGAUCUCUUUCUGGGUGGUUUCCCUCCUUAGUCCAACAGGCGUUGCUUUAGCGAUGGAUAAGGCUCUUGUGUUAGACUUGCAAGGAGAAGGGGUUAAUUUUGAAAAUCUUUGGUCUGGUCCAGGUAUUCCUUUCGGGGGCAGUCUCAUCAUGAUGACUUUGGAUAUUUUUCUAUAUGCCUUGUUAGCUUACUAUUUUGAUUCCGUCAUUCCAAGUGAAUACGGAACGAAACGAACUCCCUGGUUUUGUUUCACCCCCGGAUUUUGGUGCCAGAGGAAAGCUCCGCGAUCGUACUUGCAGGUACCAUCGUCAAACGGCGAGUCAAAUUCUUUUAUACCUGGAGAAGAGACGAACCGUGACAUUGAACCGGUAGUGCGAGAGAUGAAAGGACGCGAAGCGAUUAGAAUAGUUGAUCUUUACAAGUCGUAUCAGAAGUGUCGUAAAUCUGAGAUCAAAGCUGUGAACGGUAUCAAUUUAACGAUCUAUGAGGGGCAAAUCACGGCAAUACUCGGUCAUAACGGGGCUGGUAAAACAAGUUUGUUCAAUAUAUUGACUGGCCUGACUGCGCCUACCGCCGGCACAGCCUUGAUUUUCGGCUAUGACGUUAGAGAUUCCAAUGAUAUGCAAAUGAUAAGAAGCAUGACCGGCGUUUGUCCUCAACAUGAUAUUCUUUUUGAUCUUCUAACGCCUCGAGAACACCUGGAGUUCUUCGCCGCUGUGCGCGGUAUUCCAAAAUCAAUGAUCGAACACGAAGUGAAGAAAACCUUGAAAGACAUUGAUUUAACUGAAAACGCAGAUACCUUUGCAAAAUACUUAAGCGGAGGUCAAAAAAGAAAGCUGUCCGUAGGUAUUGCCAUCAUCGGCGAUCCAAAAAUCAUUAUCCUUGAUGAACCAACAGCUGGAGUGGAUCCCUACUCCAGAAGGCAAAUGUGGUCCUUCUUACAAUCGAGGCGUCAUGGAAAAGUGAUUUUAUUAACAACCCAUUUUAUGGAUGAAGCUGAUAUAUUAGCGGAUAGGAAAGCGGUUAUUAGUAAAGGAAGAUUGAGAUGUUGCGGCAGUUCUCUGUUCUUAAAAAACAAAUUCGGCAUUGGAUAUCAUUUAACGUUGGUACUCGAAGGGAAUGCAAGAGAACAUGCAAUUACCAGACUGGUAACGUCUCACGUGUCGAAGGCAGAAAAGGCAAGGCGCCAUGGUCGCGAACUAAGCUUCAUUUUACCUCACAAUUCUGUAGAAAAUUUUGCACCACUUUUUUCAGCCAUCGAACAAGAAAUUAAGACUCGAUCAAGCAGAUUAGGUAUCAGCAGUUAUGGGGUCUCGAUGACCACCUUAGAAGAGGUAUUUCUGCAUUUGGAAAGAGACGAGGGUACAGAAUGCACUAUGGAUAAUUUGUCAAAGAAAAUGGUGCGUAAUCGUGCAUUGAGCAGGUCGUUAUCUCUGCAAUCAAAAAGCACGUUUUAUCAGAGUUUACAGAACGAAGGUACCACUGUUAACAACGAUAGCCAAGCGAAAGGUGCAGGGGAUUUACCAGACGGCGUUCACAGUGAUAGAAACCCUCCUGUUCGCGGCCUUGGAUUAGACCCCAUCAAAAUUAGGCCUAAUUUCGUUCAAACCUUGUACGCUAUGCUUCGCCUAAGGAUACUCAGACUCGUUAGGAACAUCCAGCUACUGUACUUCACUAUUGUCGCGCCUCUUUUUUUGGUAGUUCUUGGCCUCCAUUUAAAUAGCAUUCAGACAGUCGAGGUGAAAAUGCAGUCAUUAAAACUAGAUACAGAUACCUACGGCAACGAGACCAAAAUUUUAUACGCAAACAAUACCGAUCGUGAUAUUACAGACUUGAUCAAUGGAAUUAGUCAGGAUGUAAAAUAUAUCGAGGAAUACUAUGGAAAUUUCGCGAAUUUGUUGAAGAUUGCACCGCAUAUAGCUGCUAUUAAUGUUACCGAGUAUAAUUUACCAAAGAUUGAUUUAACAAUCGCUUAUAACGACACUAUGCAACAUUCUCUACCGAUAUUGUUCAACCUUCUAUCCAACACUUACUACAGGUUGGUCUCGGGUAAAGAAAAUUUGAAAACAAUUGAAGUCAAAACGCAUCCUUUUCAACAGACAUCGCAACCACAGGAAUUUAAUAUUGGUACAGCGAGUUCAGCUGUAUCCAUCGGAAUGAAUUUCGUCUUGUUACCGAUAACAUUAGUUGUGGAUAUGGUCUACGAUCGCGAGAUAAAAGCGAAAAAUCAACUUCGUGUCAAUGGUCUGUCGUUUUCUAUGUACUUCCUGACGUACUUUAUCGUGCUUGUCGGCCUGAUGACGUUCAUCUGUUUAUGUAUUCUUGGCAUUAUAUUUCUCUUCGAUGUGCCUUCUCUUCAAGAAGUACCAGCACUCAUUACCCUCGGCGGUCUCCUAAUGCUCUAUUGCCCGUCCUCUAUUCUAUUCUCAACGUGUUUAAGUUAUAUCUUCGACAAGAUGGAUUCUGCUCAAAGUAUCUUGCCCAAUAUAGCAACGUUCUUUGGGCUCAUACCGUUUAUACUAGUCACUGUUCUGGAUAUGCUGGGUCUCAGUGGAACAGCAGCAUUCGUUUUACACGUAAUCUUUUCUUUAUUGAACACAUUAUAUGUACCGUAUGCAGCAGUAUAUUAUGUAGGAAGAGUUCACUUGAUGUGCUCUAUCAAUGCUGCUUGCCAUCAUCUCACCAUGUCUGAUUAUUUAACUACAGAGAUUAUUUUAAUGGCCUUCGGCGUGCUUCUCCACUGUCCAAUGUGGUUCUUUGUGCUUCUCAUUUUAGACAUUAAAAAAAGCGGUGGCAAUGUUGGCGACAUUUUCAAACACUUUCUGCGUAACGGUGGUUCUGUCGGCGAAGAAAUCAUGGAGAAUUCUGACGUUGGAGAGCACGAGGAUGCAGAUGUUAAGGCUGAAAGACAAAAAGUCUUUGAUCUUAUCACUUCAUCGUCUGUUCAAGAACCACCUGUAGUUUUAGUACAGAACUUGAGGAAAGAGUAUCGUCAAAGGGAUACUGGGUCCUGCAGUUGUUGCUAUAAGCAAGACGAAGAAGCCAGCAGUCAGAUACAACGAAAAGUCGCUGUCAGAAAUUUGUCCUUAGCGGUUGAACCUGGAGAAGUAUUCGGUUUACUAGGUCACAAUGGUGCUGGUAAAACAACGACUAUGAAGAUCGUCAUAGCUGAGGAAGCAGCUACCCGAGGGAGAGUACAGAUCGGUGGGCACAAUAUCAAUUCUAAUAUGGCAGAAGCUUUUAGACAAAUGGGAUAUUGUCCUCAACACGAUGCUCAGUGGAAGAAUAUUACUGUUAGAGAGCAUUUAGAAUGCUACGCUGCGAUUCGUGGUGUUCCGUGGGGAGACAUCGACAGCAUUGUGGAUUUGUAUCUCACUGGUCUCCAAAUUCAUGAACAUGCCGACAAACAAACUCAAGAAUGUUCAGGUGGAACCAGAAGAAAACUUAGUUUUGCUAUGGCAAUGAUAGGAGGUCCGAAGGUUGUUUUGAUGGAUGAACCUAGCACAGGAAUGGAUCCAAGAUCAAAACGGUUUUUAUGGGAUACCAUUCUUGCUAGUUUUCAGGGCGGUAGAGGAGCGAUUUUAACUACUCAUUCAAUGGAGGAAGCUGAUGCUUUGUGCUCUAGAGUCGGUAUAAUGGUGAAAGGAGAACUGAGGUGUAUCGGUUCCACGCAACACUUGAAAAAUCUCUACGGCGCUGGAUACACCCUCGAGAUGAAACUUUUAGGGGGUGACUGCACACCCACGACACCUUCUGGUGAUAGGAUUACAACUUUGAAAGAGUUCGUUUCUAGUCUAUUUCCAGAUGCUACUCUGGAAGAAAGUUUCGCCGACAGAUUAGUUUUCGCUGUUCCCCAGCAUGCAGUUAACUCGCUGGCCGAGUGUUUUAUGCAGUUGGAGAAAGCCAAGCUUGAGUUGGACAUCGAAGAGUACAGCUUCAGUCAAACAACUCUGGAACAAGUUUUCCUGAAAUUUUCUCAUUACGAUGAAUCUAAUUCAGGAGAAUGAUGACUCAUAAAUAUGAGUGUGUUGAUUCCCACGUGUUAUAUAGUGAAAUACUCAUGGAACUGCUCAACUCGUGCAACAAGUGUAAAGAAGUUAUUCAUAUGGAGAGAAGUGAUUUGUUCAUUAGUGUUUCCAGGAUGAUGCUAUUGAAAAUCACAAAGACAGGAUGAUCUCCCCAUUCUUGAAUAUCAAAAAAAAAAAAAAAAAAACAAAAACGUUAUGAUAGUUAUAUAAAAUAACUUAGUAUUGUUGUUUGAUGCAAAGGUGGAAGGUAUAUGUCCUUGUUUUGGUCUUGACGAUAUCGUGAGUGAAACAUUGGUAUUUUUACGGUAUAUAUCGAUCGACCUAAUGCAAACAAAUUAGAUAUUUUUAUUUGUGCCGGUGUUAUGUCUGUUUAUGUUUCAUCAGAAUUCCAGUGGCAUCCUGAAGUGACUAUGGUGAGAUAUAAAUGAACAUGUGUGUAAAAUUAAUGAUUUGUAAAUAGUGGAAAAAUAUUGAACGAUUUAUCUGGUUGUCGAGAGAAGCGAUCGGUAAUAAUGCUAUUCAACAGUAAUAUUCGUAAUUUUAAAAGAAUUGUAUUGUAAUUUAGCCUAUUAUUCGAUUCCUAUGAAUAGGUCUCACCAAUUAAUAUUGCUGUGGAAUUGGAACAUUAUUAUCAUCAUUAUAAGUAUAAUAUAAAAUAUUUGACAGGGAAGAGAGUAAAAGAUCCAAGGAUCGGUAUUAAAAUUCUUUUUAAAUGCAGUGAAUUCAAUGAAUUACCUAUCUACAUUGAUACACGUAGGAACGACCUGUACAAGUUCUAUUCAUUUAGUGAUUGCUCGUAAUUAUUCCCGAGCAAUAGCACCGUUUCUUCAGGAAUGGUGCUGCUUAUUAUUGGAAAGAACAGCUAACAUACACCACACAUACACACAAUUGGGCGACUUAAUUUGUGCAUAUACCGUAGCGCGUAGGUACAUAUUUAUAAAUAUUUCGCUUUUGGACUUCACCAAAGCCUUUUUGAAUAACGAGAAAGACAUGAUAGGUUGUUAAUAUUGCCUCGGUAGCACGUAAGAGGAUAAUUUGAUGCAAGACUUUUGUGAGAAAUGCAAUUAUUCAAUGAUAAAAAUAACUCUUGAAUUCAAUUAUUUUUCUUAUGCAAAUGGAUUGGAUACUUGUACUCUCCUUGAUGUUUCACUUCGUUACAAGUAUGAACCAUGAGCAUAUCAAAUUAUUUGAUGAAAAAUUGAAAUUAAAAAUGAAUGUUUUAUUAUUCUAUAAAGAAGUUUCAAGCUUAGCUAAAUGAGAAGGAAGGAGUCAAAAUUAAAAUGUUAGAAAAGAAAAUAUACGCUCUCUAGACUUUCCAUUGGAGGAAACUUUUGUUUUUUUAGACAUAAAUAUGAAUACAGUUUGGUCUUUCGAGGUAAAUGUCCCGAAAAAUCAUAUGGAAAAUACAGUAGAAAUAUCGUUUGGAGGACUGAAUAAAAUAUUUUGUAGGUGAUAGCGAAUAGGUAGUGAAAAAUUUGAAUCUCGUUAUAAGGGAGGUAUUGAUUUUGUAAAUAAAAUACUCGUUAUAAGGAGGAAUCAUAUUAUAUAUUAUAUAAUACUAGAUAUUAUGUAAUAUAUAAUUGAAUAUAUUAAAUGAUACAUGCGUUAUAACGCGUGUGCGCAUUUAUAGGGAUUGUGUACGCACAAAUCUCGUUUCUAGCUAAUAUCACAUAAUAUAAAAUUUAGUCAAUUAUGAAAUUACACGAAUGGAAGGAAAAAACUGCAGACAAUUUUAUGAUAGUUAUAUGUAUAUGAAUAUAUAAAUACAACUGUGUUUAUAUAUUUAUAUAACGUAUAAUAUAAACGUGUGUACGUAUACCGUUUUUUAACAACACAAUUAUGUUUUAAAUGUAUCACAAGAUAUACAGGAAUGUUAUGAAAUAUUCCUAAACACAAUUGCUACGUUAAGAAAAAGGGAUACUUGCAUUCAUUGCUAAGUGAUUUUAUUCUUUCAUUUUUUGUCUGUAGCUCUACCAACGUAAUAUCUUCUCUGCUCAUGUAUUAAUCGCCAUUUGUGGCUUUUCUUGUUAUAGCUCGUUCAUACUUAUAGAAUUUCCACGUCGGUCAAUAUAUAUGUAUAUAGACGUAUAAAUAUAUAUAUAUGUAUGUAUGCAAUUGAUCAUUUUACAGCAAGAAUGAGACUAAUACAUCUUUCCAUAAAUUUUUUCAAUUUUAAUUAGAAUUAUUCCAAUAUCUUGAAAAGGAAUAAAAUGAAAUGGUCCCGCUUUAAAACUAAUAGCAUUAAGUUUUUAUAUUGUAAAAUUUUUAAAUCAAUAGAAUUUAAUUGAGGCAUAGUGCAAAUUACUGAAACUAGAAUUGCCUCUUCUAUUGUAAACCCUUUGAUUCUUUUUACUUGGAAUUGAAGCUUUGCUUAUUCAAAACAUUUUUUUAAUACUGCUCUAAAGACAGUUUUUAUAUUUUACAUUUUUUUACAAUAUAGUAAGAGAAAUUUCAAACUUGUAUAUUGAAUGUAAAAUCAAUUGUCAUUCGUAUAUGUAUAUGAUUUUAUAAGGGUAAUAUAUACAUAUAUAUGUAUACGCAUCGAGACAUGAUUCAGAUUGACCAUUGACGGUCAAUUUUUCGUUGUUUUAUUUUUCUUUUUGGUAAUAUCAACGAUCCCGUACAAACGGGAGAACGAAGCGACGAAAAGAAUUUUUUGCAUAUACACAACAUACAUGCACGCACGCACGCACGCACGCACGCAUGCACGCAUGCAUUCAUUAAUGCACCAGAGGCGCGCGACAGUUUGACAUUUACAAAAGAAUCUCGCGCGUAAAAUAGAUACGCACUCAGACACAAGGACAUUAAGAGAGAAAGAGACUCAUAUAUAGAUACGAUUAUGAAAGAUGCGAAUUAUCAUCAGUAAAAUUACACGCCGAAUACACCCUGUCGAUGAACGGUUGACUUUGCGAAACUACAUAUUUGUUGUGUAAAGUGAAUGUAAUCGAUUGGUUAACAAAAGCUUUUU